AUGAAUGCCGUGUUACAGGCCCUAUUCCAUAUUCGACCAUUCACCGAAGCAUUAAAAUUGCAAUGUGUAGUUGAAGACUAUAAUAAUAAUAAUAAUAAUGAUGAUGGUGUUGGUAGAGGAUGCGGUGAGUGUACAGUUUGUGCACUAAAUAAAACAUUUGAUGAAAUGAAUAACAUCGCCGAAUUAAAUAAUGAAAUCAUUGAUCCGUAUCGAAUUCGUACACGUCUCGCACAAUUUAUGGGAGAUGGUUUUGUGUUGGGCCAACAUCAAGAUGCACAUGAAUUUUGGUCAAAUCUUAUAUUCGUUGCAAUGGAAAAACGUAAUCGAUCACAUGUGCAAGAUGUUUGGCUGGGUGCAACUCAACAUUAUCGUUUAUGUCAAGCAUGUGGGAAUGCAUCACAUUUAACACCGCUCAAUCCAUUAAAUGGUUUGACAUUGGACAUUCAACGUAGCGACAUUAAAUCGCUAAGCGAUGCCAUUCGUCAUUAUUUCUCUGAUGAUUCGGCGGCGGCAGCGGAUGAUGAUGAACAUCAUCAUCAUCAACUGAAAUGCACCAAAUGCCAGCAACAUACAAAAGUAACACGAGAAACGCGUAUUUAUUCGGCACCACGUGUGUUAUGCAUACAAUUGCGACGUUUUAAUGGCAAUCGACAACGAAUCAAUAAAACAAUUAGUUUUGAUCAGGAGUUGAAUUUGUCAUCGUUUAUAGCAACAACAGCAUCAUCAGCAUCAUCAUCGUCACCACCACUACCACCACCACCGAUACUUCGAUAUCGUUUGAAAUCAAUCGUAAAUCACAGAGGUAUUUCGAUAAAUGCUGGUCAUUAUACUGCAAUCGUUUCGAAUGAUCAUCAUCAUCAUGAUGAUGAAGCAGCAGCAAGACGAUGCUAUUAUUUGUUUGAUGAUGAUAAGCCCAUCAUUGAAUUUGGCAGCAGUGACAACAACAACAAUGCCCUACAAGAGGGAUAUCUGUUUUUUUUAUGA